AUGGUCCUCGGCUGGCUGCUGCUUCUGAUGAUGGCUGUGCCGCCGGGCACCACGGGGGCCAAGGACUGCAUCUUCUGUGAGCUGACUGACUCCACCAAGUGCCCUGGCACCCACAUGCGCUGCGGGGAUGACGAGGACUGCUUCACAGGCCACGGGGUGGCGCAGGGCGUGGGCCCCGUCAUCAACAAGGGCUGCGUGCGCUCCACCAGCUGCGGCCGGGAGGAGCCGGUCAGCUACAUGGGCCUCACCUACAGCCUCACCACCACCUGCUGCUACGGCCACCUGUGCAACGCCAGCCCCGGCCACACAGGCAGCACGACGGUGGGGGCCGCGGCGGGCCUGCUGGUGGGCUUGCUACUUCUGCCACAUUUGCUGUAG